AUGAGUUCGUCAGUCCCCGCCUCUUCCUUCUCUCCUCCUAAUUGCCGUGCUGCUGAGAGUGAGAUGACACUUCUGGCACAGCCACAGGAAGUAAUUCCGACUGGCUUCCCUCAUACAUUUGGACUCCAGGAGAGAGUUCCUGCUCAAAAGCACUGGCAAGUUGCUCUAGCUCCUGCAACACGCAGCUCUUAUCACCGGCUGGCGGGCAGAGCACUAGCCAGCCCAACAAAGCACAAGAACAAAAUCGAUCCCACAAAUCCUCUCGCAGACACCCACUCUCCAUUUCCCAUUUCCCACUUCUUCAGGUGUGAAUUGAAGGAGGAAGGUAAGACUCAACAAGCUGCAGAGUUGGGAUAUACACUCAGGCGGGAGGAGUACGGCAGUCUGCCUCCACAACCUUGGCAAGACUACUGCUCAGAUGCUAGAAUAUGCACAGACAGGCGGAUGGCUUCCUGGGGCAGUGUCAACAACUGGCGCCUGGCGCCCACACUGUGGUCUCCACCAGCGUUUACUCAGCCAUCCCGUUGUUUCAACAAACGUUGCCUGAAUGUCUACUACGUACCUGUUAUGCCGUGCACAAAGAGGCGAUACACAAACUGGGCUAGAAUCGGUGUAUUCGCUUCCUCUUACUGCCCCUGUGAUCUGGUAGGAACACCUACACGAAUAUUCCCACACCACUCCGUAACUGAGUCUAUUAACUAUGAUGUGAAGGUGUUUGGAUCUUCUCUCCCUGUUAAGAUCAUGGAAGCCCUAGCAUUGGCUGAAGUUGAUGAUCAGCUAAGUGUUUGCAUAGAUGAAAGUGGAUGGGCUUGUCUGGUCUUCAAAGAGAAACUCAUUGUUUGGAAGAUUGCUCUGGCACCUAUUACUAAGUUAUCUGUUUGCAAAGAACUUCAGCUGCCACCUAGUGAUUUCCCCUGGAGUGCUGACUUGGUGGCUCUCUCUUACUCUGGCACCUCAGGUGAAGCACCUUCUACUCAGGCUGUUGCUGUCAUGGUCGCCACCAGAAAAGGAUGCAUCCGCUAUUGGCCAAGCCUUGCCAGUGAAGACACCUUCACAGAGACUUUUGUGGAUUUGGGAGGUGACAAGACUUACAGUUUCCUUACAGCAGUGCAGGGAGGAAGUUUUAUUUUGUCCUCAUCGGGAAGCCAGCUAAUUCGGUUGAUACCUGAAAGCCCAGGGAAGAUUCAUCAGCAUAUCCUGCCUCAAGGGCAAGGGAUGCUUUCAGGAAUUGGUCGAAGGGUUUCCUCUCUGUUUGGAAUUUUGUCUCCUAGCAGUGAUCUCAUACUUUCAAGUGUUCUUUGGGAUAGAGAGAGAUCAAGCUUUUAUAUACUGACAAGCGCAAACAUCAGUAAAUGGGAAUUAGAUGAUUCUUCAGAAAAACUAUUACAUAGUUGGGAUGUAAACAGAGCCCUGAAGGAAAACAUUACUGAUGCGAUUUGGGGAUCUGAAAGCAACUAUGAAGCUAUCAAAGAAGGAGUCAACAUUCGUUAUUUGGACUUGAAACAAAACUGUGACGGGCUAUUGAUUUUGGCAGCAGCAUGGCACCUAGCAGACAAUCCAUGCCUCAUCUAUUACUCUCUGAUAACGAUAGAAGAUAAUGGCUACCAAACGCCAGCUGCAGUUACUGUAGAAGUCACUCAGUUUAAUCCACCUUUUCAGUCUGAAGACCUGGUUAUGUGUCAGUUGAUGGUCCCAAACUUUUCAAACCAGACUGCCUAUCUGUAUAAUGAAAGUGUCAUCUAUGUGUGCUCCACAGGAACUGGGAAAUUCUGUCUUCCCCAAGAAAAAAUUGUCUUUAAUACACAAGGAGAUAGUAUUUUAGGUGCUGGUUCCUGUGGUGGUGUUCCUAUCGUUUUUUCUAGAAACAGUGGUCUGGUGUCUAUUAGUUUGAGGGAAAAUGCAUCCAUAUUAGCAGAAGACCUGGAAGAUUCCUUGGCAUCUUCAGUUGCUGGACCAAACAAUGAGAGUAUGAUUUUUGAUACCACUACAAAGAGUGAAACCGUAGUACAGGAAGAUAAAACCAAGUUGUUGAAAGCUGCUUUUCUGCAGUUCUGCAGAAAAGAUUUGGGUAAUGCUCAAAUGAUGGUUGAUGAACUCUUUUCCUCUCACCCUGAUUUGGAGUCUGAUUCCGAACUAGACAGGGCUGUUACCCAAAUCAGUGUCGACUUGGUGGAUGACUAUCCAGCUUCUGAUCCACGGUGGGCCGAAUCUGUCCCUGAGGAAGCACCUGGGUUCUGCAAUACAUCACUGAUCAUUCUUCACCAACUAGAAGACAAGAUGAAAGCCCACUCCUUCUUCAUGGACUUCAUUCACCAGGUCGGCCUGUUUGAACGUCUGAGCACUUUCCCAGUUAGGGAGGUGCCGAUGGAGACACAGCUGCUGCUCUGUGAGCAUGCCGAAAAGCUGUCUGCCGCCAUUGUCCUCAAGAACCACCACUCCCGGCUCCCCGACCUCGUGAACACGGCUCUGUUGAUCGCUCUGAACAAAAGGGAGUGUGAGGUCCCCUCCAACCUGACUCCCGCAGACGUCUUUUUCAGAGAGGUGUCCCAAGUAGAUACCAUCUGUGAGUGCUUGCUGGAGCAUGAGGAGCAAGUCUUGAAAGAGACAAUGAUGGAUUCUGUUGAAUGGGCUGAGGUGGUGAUCAGCGUGAACAAUAUUCUCAAGGAUAUGCUGCAGGCUGCUGGUCAUUAUCGCCAAAGCAGAGACUCCUUGUACAGAAGAGAAAAACCACUAGAUAAAAUGCCCGAGUAUGUUCCGUGGACAGCAACAAGUGGUCCCACUGGUAUCCGAACAGUAAUAGUACGUCAGCAUGGGAUUGUGCUGAAGAUGGUUUACCCACAGGCAGACAGCAACCUCCGAAAUGUCGUGACAGAGCAGCUGGUAGCGCUGAUCGAUUGCUUCCUGGAUGGUUAUGUUUCUCAGCUUAAGUCUCUGGAUAAAUCCAGUGAUCAGGAAAGAUAUAGCAAUCUGGAGAUGGAAUACCUACAGAAGAGAUCAGAUCUCUUAUCUCCUCUUCUCACACUAGGCCAGUACAUGUGGGCUGCUUCUCUAGCAGAGAAAUACUGUGACUUUGAUGUCUUGGUGCAGAUGUGUGAGCAGACCGACAACCAGAGCCGACUGCAGCGCUACAUGACCCAGUUUGCAGAUCAGAAUUUUUCAGACUUCCUAUUCCGUUGGUAUCUGGAGAAGGGAAAGCGAGGCAAACUGCUGUCUCAGCCCGUCUCUCAGCAUGGACAGCUGGCGAGCUUUCUGCAGGCUCAUGAGCAUCUCAGCUGGUUACACGAAAUUAAUAGCCAAGAAUUAGAAAAGGCUCAUACAACACUUCUGAGUUUGGCAAAUAUGGAAACUCGUUACUUUGCAAAGAAAAAAACCCUUCUUGGCUUGAGUAAAUUGGCUGCGUUAGCUUCAGACUUUUCGGAGGAUAUACUGCAGGAAAAAAUUGAAGAAAUGGCUGAGCAGGAGCGCUUUCUACUACACCAGGAGACCCUACCUGAACAGCUGCUAGCAGAGAAACAGCUAAAUCUCAGUGCAAUGCCAGUGUUGACUGCACCACAGCUCAUUAGUUUGUAUAUCUGUGAAGAAAACAGAAGAGCUAAUGAAUAUGAUUUCAAGAAAGCUUUGGACUUGCUGGAAUAUAUUGACGAGGAAGAAGAUGUAAAUAUAAAUGAUCUCAAACUGGAAAUCCUUUGCAAAGCUCUUCAGAGAGAUAACUGGUCCAGUUCAGAUGGUAAAGAUGAUCCAAUUGAAGUAUCUAAAGAGAGUAUAUUUGUGAAAAUUUUACAGAAACUUUUAAAAGAUGGCAUUCAGCUCAGCGAGUACCUGCCAGAGGUGAGAGACCUGCUGCAGGCAGACCAGCUCGGCAACCUGAAGUCUAACCCGUACUUUGAGUUUGUUCUGAAAGCAAAUUAUGAGUAUUAUGUUCAGGGACAAAUGUAACUGUUUCUAAACAUGUCAUUGCUUUUGAAAUUUGUGUAAAUGUAUCCUUACAAAAAUUGUAGGCCUAGGAGCUUGUACAAUUUUAUAAUAUGUAUAGCUGAAUUUUAUAUGCUUUAUAUGGAAGUUAAUAUAAAAUAGUUGUAUAAUGAUAAUUCUGGUUUUUAGCGUCAUGGUAUUUUCUCUCCUAUUUGCCUCCUGCCGUCUGUCGGCUGUUGUUCCUGUGCAUGCUGCCCUUUCUCCCAGAUCUCACCUGGGUUCUAGAAUUCCUGGUUUGGUCCUGGCUAUUCCUACGUACAAGGAACUUCUAGGCCUCAGUUUCUGUAACUCUCAGAAUUGCAAGAUUGUGCUAGAUUGUCUCUGAAGCUGCUGUCUCUGUGGGUGUUGUCCACUGAAGAGACACUAGAGUGUUUGGUAUCUGUAUUGGCUAGGGCUGAUGGGAAACACCUAGUAAUGUGCAUGUCAAAUUUUGCUGACUUACUACGGGGCUAAAAGCCAGAGCAGAGUGGGCCUGACUCCUGUGAGCUUGAUAACUGAUGAAGUUGCUCACUGGGAGCAUUCCCAUUCUCAGCAUAAAUAAAUUAAUCAGUACUAAUGAAAGUGUCUUAGUGAAAAAAAUAAAGUUGUAGCUUUCUAACCUGU